ACUUUUACUCAAAGCCCAAAUGUCACUUCUUUAACCUCCCAACAACAUCCAACGGUUCUUAAAGUUUAAACCCAAACAUCACCUUUCCCUCUCCAGUCCACUUGUUAUUAACAUCACUUGCUCUGUUUCUACCAAACUGAAGCUUUUUCGUUUUCUUUUUCAAUUCCUCAAAAUGGGUGCCUCAGGAAAAUGGUUUAGAUCACUUGUUACUUUGAAACCACUUCAUGAACCCAUUAACCAUGAGAAAAUGGGAGAUAAUAAGUCCAAGAAGAAAUGGAAACUAUGGAGGAGCUCAUCAGAAGGGUUCGGAUCCUCCUCAUCCAAGAGUUACAAAAUGCGGCACGUGGUAGCUGGUCCACAGGCCUCCGAUUCUUCUUUCAUAGCUGAUGAUCUGCUUGCCGCUGCCAUGGCUACCAUUGUUCGUGCUCAACCCAAAGAUUUCAGAGCUGUGAAGCGUGAAUGGGCCGCCAUUCGAAUUCAGACUGCAUUUCGCGGCUUGCUGGCAAGACGAGCUUUGAGGGCAUUGAAAGCAGUAGUAGGGAUUCAAGCCAUAUUCCGUGGUCGUCUAGUCCGAAAGCAAGCUGCUGUGACAUUAAGGUGCAUGCAAGCUCUUGUAAGGGUCCAAGCUCGUGUGAGAGCACAAUGUCUGGUGUCUUCAGAAGAGCAAUCUCUGCACAAACUUGAUGAUCCAACAAAGGAAGCCGAGAAAGGAUGGUGCGACAUUCCUGGAACUUUAGAAGAAGUAAAAGCAAAACAACAAAUGAGGCAACAAGGUGCAAAGAAAAGGGAGAGAGCAAUGGCAUACUCUGUUUCAAGAUCAUAUGGCAAUGGCAGCCCAAAUUUCAGAGCUAACAAGCAGCAGCCGCUAUCUCGUAGGCAUCACCAAAGGCUACAUAGGGAUAACCCAGAUUGGGAUUGGCUAGAUCGUUGGAUGUCAACCAAACCCUGGGAAACCAGGACCAUUGAAGAGCCUGACUCCACAGUUUCUCGGAAAAGUGAAGAUAACAUUGUCAGCUUCCACUCCAACUCUUCGGAUCAACGUGACUCUCUUAAACGGAAAACGAAGAACCCCAAAACCAGUAUUCUUACAAGGCCUGCUAAUCAAACUUCGGGGUCAACGUCUGCCCCGAGUUCCGAAUCAGUCUACGACAAGAGCUCGACGUCGACUUCAACCGCAUCCGUGUCUCCGACUACAUUGUCCAGCAACACUAUCGUUGUGGGCACAUUAAACGAUAGUAAUCAUACUCAAAAGCCAAGCUACAUGAAUCCUACCGAGUCUAUCAAAGCUAAACAAAAGACCCUCAAGUUUUCUUCUUCGGAUAACAUGCGGAGACACGUCGUUGAUGAUGAUGAUGAUGACGAUUUACAGUAUUUACAUAAGAAAUUUACGGCAGUUUCUUGUGAAGACACCAGGAGCAGUGCUGAUUCUAAUCCAUCGAUUAAUUUCUCCAGGGAAUUGUACCGACCAAGACAUGAUUGCCCCAGGAUUAAUCAGUGGUGUCAAGCUUGCUCGGUGAGCUCUCCAAUCAACGAAGACACUAGAGUUGCAUAGAGAUUUCCUUCUCCUCUUUUUUCCCGUUCUACUAAUACGAUGGUAGCGGCUACAGCGAGAUUCUCUUCCCCUUCUCCUCUUCUUUCCCUUCACUUAUUUUUUUUUUCUGAAA